UUGUAAGACAACAAUGUCGGCAGAAGAAAAUGGUGACGAUGUAUCAAGCAACAAUUUGCUAGUAGCAUUGCAGUUGCAAAAAAGGCCGGAAAUUCUAUGGAAAACACAAAUUCCGCAGAAAAAAACAUUGAAAGAUGAAGCCUUGAGGCAAUCAGUUCUUGAGCUAGAACGUCAAUUGGGAAAACCAUUAACCUCUUCUCAAUUGAUGAAAAAAGUAAACAAUAUGAAAACGAGGCUAAAAAGCAAAGUGGACAAAAACAAAACCGGGAAUAAAAAAAUCGUUUUAUGCCAGUGGGAAAAAAUUUUGCACGAAUUAAUGGAUGGAGAGGAUAAUCCGACUAUAAGCAAAAUUCCUGGAGCAAAAAGUAUUGGACCUCCUACCACCAAAAUAAACAAAAACAACGAAGAUUUAUCAUCUUCUAUAUUGCUUGAGUCUGAGCAGACGGAUGAAUUUAGGCCCCAAAUAGCUUCCCUUGUGCCACCUCGACCUACAAAACAUCAAACGAAGAAGAAUUUAGAAACAUAUGAAACAGAAGAAACUUCCAAACUCACUACUCAGGAAUUGCAACGAUUGGUACUUAUCGAACAAUUGGAGACCACUCGUGUUCAAAGGCAGUAUUAUCGAGAAAUGAUGCAAAAAUCCAAUACCGGUCGCUCUUAUUAUGAGCCUGAUGGAAACGAAAACGAUAAUGAUGUACCUAGGUACGCAGUGCUUUAAAGAAAUAAUAAAUUUGGUUUAGAUAGAUACUUUGGUACUAACAAUAUGAUAUGAUUCCAUGCAAAGAUUACAUUUACAAAACAUGUUUUUUGUUAAGGGAUAUUUGUUAUUUUUAUAAAAUGAUUUUUCUUAAGGGCUAUUGUAGGAAAAAGACUUGCCAUACAAGAAUUUUAUCUUUAUUUCAUAUAACACGUUUUUUUUCUGAGUUAUUGUAGGAAUUAAAAAAAACAUUUCAUACUAAGAAUUUUCUCUUUAUUUAACAUAAAUAAAACAUUACAUUCUUAAGGGUUAUAAUUUGUACCAGAAGCAUUUUAUUUUUGUUAUUGUUGUACGGCGCAUAAAAAUAUUUUUUUGUAUAUUUAAAUUUGUAAAGCAUAAGUAUUUAAUAAAAAUAUCAAUAUAUAUGUUUUUUAUUUUAAUUAUUUCAAACUCUUAUAAUACACAAACUUCUACCUCAAAUUCUGUGUAAAGAUAACAUCAGCUAUUUCAAGUCUUCGCUCUCUUGCACGCUGAAGAAGACGAUCUUCUUCUAAUUCAUAUUCUUCGCCGUUAUUGAGAUUUUCUUCAUCAUCAUCAUCUGGAAAAUCUGCAUCUCCUAAAUAUUUGGCAAUGUUGUGUAGUACAAUGCAACAAACAAUAACGGAAGGGACUCUUUCCAAUUUAACACGGCACAUAUAUUUUAGAAUUGGAAAUCUUCGCUUAAGUUGGCCGAAACAUCUUUCGAUAAUCACCCUUUCUUUCUUAAACAAUCUGUUGUAAGUUCUUUCAGAUUCGUUAUUUGGGUUCCGAAAUGGUGUCAUUAGCCACGGUUCCAAACCAUAACCGUCAUCUCCUAAUAAUAUUGCACCAGGGAAUUGUUGCAUAAUCAAACGUGUUUCAGAAUUUCUCCAAAUUCUAGCGUCAUGCACAGAACCCGGCCAACUUGCAUCAACACUAGUAAAGAUUUCUUUGGAGUUGCACGUUGCUUGCACAUUUAAAGUCGCCAACCCCUUUCUGUUGAUGUAUUCAUCACCGUGAUGGAUAGGUUUCAAUAUUUGAACGUGUGUGCAAUCAAUUACGCCUAUCGCACAUGGAAAUUGAAAUGUCUCCUGCCACCUCUCCUGUGCUUCGUUUACUUGGUUCAACGUUGACGGAAAUUUGAUCCAUAAAGGAGCUUUUUCGAGUAUUUUGUUAAUCACGAACGUAAUUGUUUUUGAUACUGUCGACUGAUGAAUUCCCAAUUCUUCAGCAACACCAGUUUGGAAACCAGGAUUGGCCAUAUACCGUAAAAAUAUCUUAAUUUUAAGGUCCGACGAAAGAGCACCUCCUCUUCUUUCGUUGUUCUUGCCCAUAAAGUGUGUUGCAAUGUAAUGCAAAUUUUCUUCCUCAAACCGGUAAAGUGAUUUAAAAUCUCGGUUAUCAGCUCCUCUUCGUACUUUGUAAUGUUUUUCUGCCCGUAAAUUAAUAAACUCUGCCAUUAUUACCGACCACUGAAAGGGUGCAUCUAGUACUGAACUAGAUGCACAUUUUAUCGAGCAUAUGCUCAAAAUGUGAAGCAAAACCUCCGUUUUAUUCAUAUCUGUUCAUAUGUUUGCUUAAAAUGGUUGCGCCAUUCUGCGUUGCUGUGUAUGGCCCUGCGCAGUUUCGCGUGGUGUUUUUAGGCGCAGCACGCGUAGCGGCGCGUUUGGUCUGGAUCCGGCUUUACAAAGGCAAUAAUUUAACAAUUUUUUAUUUGGGUUUAUUUUAAAGUAAUAAAAAAGUUAAUUUUUUAUAAAUUAUUCUUAUUAAACCCCUCUAUUUGUUGGUAACUGUAUUUAUUUGAGGUUGGUAACUUUUUUUUUUAUUUAGGUUGGCAGCAUGUUGUACGGUUGACAGAGACAGAGAGCAUGUAGUUGAGAGUUAACACAAUAAAGGUGCCUUUAGUGCGAAGGAGAUUUGGAGAAACGGAGAUUCGUCUGAUUGGCUGAUGACGAUCACGUGACGCCAGUACAGCCAAUCAGACGAAUCUCCAAAUCUCCUUCGCGCUAAAAUCAUUAAAAUAUACAAGUAAAGACAAAUUCAAAUACAUAAAUCUAUGGUUCUUCGAGCCGAAUAUUUACGAUAACAUUCGUGAAGAAAAUUCAAUCAACAAGUCUUAGUGUAAAUUUGACAUCAAUCGAAAAGCCGUUCAGGUGGAGUGACGUCAUCGGAGUCCUAUACGCCCAGGCGUCGAAAGAUCAAUGGCAUAAAUCACGGUUCUUGUAAGAAAACGUAGCACUUUAAAAUCUAAGCUGACUUUUGUUUCAAAUUUUCUUAAUUCAACUAGUCAAACGUUAGAAAAUUUCCCUCAGUGAGGAAAUCGAAACAUGUCUAUGUGAACUUAAAGUAAGAACAGAGAAAAUUGAGUAGUUACUAUUCCUAGUAUUCACACAAACGACAUUUAGUCAGUACAAUCGUCACAAGCUACACCAUUACUCGGACCUUCUCGGAACAAUAACAUAAAGCUUCCAGAAAUUCGAUUACCUACGUUUGAACAACGUAAAAAUGGCUAGAAUUUAAGGAUACAUUUGAGUGUUUGAUACAUCAAAAUAACACAAUUGGUCAAAUUCAGAAGUUCCAUUAUUUACGAGCUUCAAUUGUAGGUAGCGCAUUACAGGUAAUUCAAGCACUUGAAUUUUCUGCUGAUAAUUACAUAUUGGCAUGGGAUUUGAUCUGCCAGAGAUUUGAUAAUAAAUCUCUGCUAAUUAACAACCAUAUAGGGGCUCUAUUCGAUCAAUCAACAAUAAAUAAUGAAUCUCAUAUUGAAUUACGUCAGUUAAUAGAUAAUGUCACUAAACAUUUAAGGUCAUCAUCAAAUCUUAAGCAACCAGUUGCGCAUUGGAACACGCUCAUAAUCUAUAUCGUUGUCAACAAUCUUGAUCAGGUAACCAGACGUGAAUGGGAAGAAAUUAAAAAAACGAAUAUUUUACAAACUUUGGACGAUCUCAUGAACUUUUUAAGAAGUAGAGCAUUAUCUAUUAGAAACCUUGUCAGCAAAAAACGCAACAUGAAAACCAAAGUCAAAUCAAGUAAAAUCCAAAGAGCAUACAUUCAACACAGUAAACAUUCAUUGCAUCUUAUGUAAGGGUCAACAUCACAUAUACAAUUGCAAGGAAUUUCUUCAGUUAACACCUCGAGAAAGAUCCGAAGCAGCACGAAAGCACAAGUUGUGUUUUUUAAAAAUAGCACACAUUUCGAAAGAUUGCAGGAGUGGGAAUCGUAAAAAAUGUAAUUCAAAACAUAACACUUUAUUACACUAUGAAACAAGUUGUCAAUCUGGAGAUGUGGUUUGUUCAGCGUUUGAAACCAAAUCAUCUUAGGUAUUAAUUGCAACAGCAAUAAUUCAAAUUCCUAAUCAAACAGGGGUACCUUUUUCAUGCAAGCAAUUCUAGACUCGGCGUCACAAUCAAAUUUUGUUACAACAAGAUUAUUCAAAAAAUUGCAGUUACGAGGAUUUAAUAUAAAUAAUGUAACGAAGUUACAUUAUUUCUAUUUUUCAAAAACCGAAUAACCCGAAAUAUUACCGAAAAUUAAACAUAUCCGAGUAUGCUUCCCACACUACCUCGAUACGGUACAGUUUCCAUCCGAUUUGCAGAAAUUCCGAAAGAGAUAUCUUAUUACCUUAUCACUGCCCGUUUAUGCAACCCAUUUUACAUUUUAUUAAUUUUGAUUAUUUUCUUAAUUAAACUUUAAUUUUCUCCGUUUCACAUUUCGAAAGCGCUAUUUUAAAUUCCAACAACGUUCCCUGACCGAAUCAUCAAUAAAUGAAAGUGAUUAAUAAAAUUGCUGAAUCACGAAACCAUGUGCUUUCCGAAAAAUUAUUAUCAAAUAAUUAAAUAAUUCCGAAAUUAACAAAUUUCCAAACAAGAUACGACAAGCCACAUGUUUCUAUCCGUCCAGCCGACCGUUCCGAGGAAGUUUCAGCAGCCAGCGAGCUACCGUUCAGCUACCGUACGGCAUCUAUUUUUUAUGAUGCGGAAUUAGAAAUCGUAGAACGAUCAAACCGAUUUCUAACAAUUACAAAUAUCAUGAAAUAACCGUUGAACAAUUUUAAAUACGAUCCGCUUAUUAUUAACAUGAUUAUUAACCGAAAACCAUCCCGCAUCAUAAAUAAUUAAUUACUCCAUUCCUGAUGGUCAUCCGUUGAAAAUAUUGCCCAUGUAGGAUUGCCCCGAACAUCACCCAACUGCUGGAAUUGUUUUGUGUUAAAGUGCGCGUAAAUUAAUACCGAUUAAUUGGUUUUAACGUGAAACACGUGGUCGGGAAAACGUUUGUGAAUAUAAGUGCCGUAAACAGUGGCCGAUUUUGUUAAAAAUAUU